AUGUGGUGUUCUUGUUUGCUCAUUGGAGAUAAGAUGAAGAUUCAUAUUUGUCGGACUUUACUUCAACAACUGCUGCCUGUAGCUGACAGUUCAGUGUUCAAAGUGAUCGUGUCGUGCUUCUUGCAGAAAGGCAUCUUCAUGCGACUGUUUACGGUAGAUGAACAGCGAAUACUGAAGAGCAAGCUUAACUUCGUUCAGAAUUUGCAAUAUUUCAUCACCAAGUUUUUCGAAUUGAUCUGA